GUUCCUCCAUUUUGGGUCUGUGGCUUCUGUAGUUAGCUGCACAUAUUAGCUGGCGAAACGCGUCGUGACUUUGUUCGGGGUGUUUUUUCCCGCUUUGAUAUCCAAGUGUAGUUGUGUCCGUGUUCAGGUGUGAACCUGAAUCCGCCUUAGUCUGACAAAUGGACGGAGAAGACGACGACUUUAUGUCCGGAAGCCACUCUGAUGAUGGCGGCGGCACUCCAGUUCAGGAUGAACACCCAGCAUCCGAUGGUGAGGACAUGAGGAGUGAUGGACACCAAUCUGAGGAUGAGGGCAGCAAUGAUGCCCACGCCAUGGAGACCAGCAGGGCAGCCAGUGGUUCUGAAAACGAGGGCCACGGAGGAGCCGACAGCGACUCAGAGGUCGAGGCCCCCCAGGGCCAAGGUGGUGUGGACGAAAAGAGUGACUCUGAAGAGGAGGCUACUCGCCCGGGUGACAGCGACGAAGAUGAAACCCCGGUCAAACGCAGGAUAACCGAUUCAGACAAUGAGGACUCGUCUCCUGUCAAACACAGAGGUUCAGAUAAUGAGGAGGGGGAAGGGUCAUCUCCUGUUGCAAAACACAGAGGGAGCAGUUCGGACAUGGAAGAUGGGGAGGACCGACCCAGAGCAGCCGCAGACAGUGACUCGGACAAUGAGGAUGCUAAACCAGCAGCGUCCAGCAGGUCAAAUGCUGAUAGUGACUCUGACACAGAGAUGCCAGCCAGACGCAAGGCAGCACAGAUAGACUCUGAUGAGGAGGGGGAGGGGGAGGGAGAUGGGGGGAAACAGCAGGAAGAUACAGAGGAAGCAACAGGAGGAGGAAAGUGGAAAGCUGUGAUGCAGUCCGACAGUGAGAACGAGGAUGAGGAGGGAGGAAGGAAGAAGGUUGCAGCAGGAAGUGAUGACGAACAACAAGAGGAGAAGGAGAGGGAACCUGCUGAUGACAGCGACGAUGAGAAGCCAGUGAAGAGAAAGAAAGCCAUUUUGUCCGACAGUGAGGAUGAGGAGAAGGCCGAAACACCAGCGAAGAGGAGUCGGGCGGUGUCGGAUGAUGAUGAGAAUUCGGACAGUGAUGAUGGAGGUCCAGAUAAGAGUCUAAAGGCCAAACUGAGAGAGCUCGGCUCUGACAGUGGAAGCGAGGAUGAGAGCUCGAAGGCGACAGCAGAGAAGAAGGAUGAGAAAGCGCUGUUUGGCAGCGACAGCGACUCUGGAGACGAGGAGGAGAAAAUGAUUGCAGACAUCUUUGGAGAGUCUGGGGAUGAGGAGGAGGAAGAGUUCACAGGUUUCAACCAGGAGGAUCUGGAUGGAGACAAGGUGCAGGCGAAGGAGAAGAAGCAGCAACUGCAGGAAGAGUCUGACUCUGAUGAAGGAGUUGACCGCAGUGGACAAGACACAAGCUUCAUGUCUGACUUCGACAUCAUGCUCGCUCGGAGAAAAGCCAUGAAUAGCAAGAAAAGAAGACACCGUGACGGAGGGACGUUCAUCAGCGACGCUGAUGAUGUGGUCAGCGCCAUGAUCACAAAGAUGAAUGAGGCUGCAGAGGAGGAUCGAACUCUGAACAGUCAGAAGAAACCAGCCCUGAAAAAACUCACCCUGCUGCCUCAGGUCGUCAUGCACUUGAAGAAACAGGACUUGAAGGACACGUUCAUUGACAGCGGAGUGAUGUCAGCUAUCAAAGAGUGGAUCAGUCCUCUUCCAGAUAAGUCUCUGCCUGCGCUCAGGAUCAGGGAGGAACUGCUGAGGAUCCUGCAGGAGCUGCCCAGCGUGAGUCAGGAGACACUGAAGCACAGCGGCAUUGGCCGAUCCGUCAUGUUCCUCUACAAACAUCCCAAAGAGUCUCGAUCCAACAAAGACCUCGCGCUCAAGCUCAUCAAUGAAUGGUCGCGGCCAAUCUUUGGUUUGACAUCCAACUACAAAGGAAUGACGAGAGAAGAGCGACAGCAGAGAGACCUGGACCAGCAGAUGCCUCAGAGACGAAGACUCAGUUCAGGGGGACAGACACCUCGGAGGGACCUGGAGAAGCAGCUAACUGGAGAGGAAAAAGCUUUGCGACCUGGUGACCCUGGGUUCUGUGCCCGGGCUCGAGUUCCCAUGCCCUCUAACAAAGACUAUGUAGUACGACCCAAGUGGAACGUGGAAGGAGACUCCAGCAGGGGUCCGAUGAAGAAGGGAAUGUCCCGGGUUGAUAAACAGAUGCGUAGAAUUGCUGAUAUUCGCCGUCUAACGAAGCCAGGUCAUGCUGUUAAAAUCAGUGUUGAAGGCAACCGGAUGCCGUUGUGAUUUUUAAACGCCAUAGGAUUUAUUUACUUUUUUUUUCUUAUUAAUGUUUUGUUUCAUGAACAAUACCAUUGUUGUCCUCUCCCAUCCCUCCAUCCUCCCUGCUGAGGUCCAGCCUCACCCUACUGCCGACUGAAGGUUUAAGGUCACCUGCUGAUGUCACAGACUUGACUGUGUCUGGCCAGAAAAUAUUAAAUAUCAUCCAGAAUGAUCCUUGGAACGAGAGAUUACUGCCUUUUAUGUGAGCAAUCACAGCUGCCUAUCUUAGUAUGGGAGUCCGUAACGCUGACCUUUGAGCUAGAACUGAACUCAAUAUGUUCAUAAUUGUUGAUAAUGUUAGCAGUCUGCUACAUUACCUUUAUUUUCUCAGCCAAUCAUGUUUCUAGAAACAUUAGCUGUGUUAGCUGUGUAGCAUACAGCUACAUUAGCUUUAGGUCCAUUUUCUUAAAGUGAACUCCUGUCGCCCCCAUGAGGAAUUCAGAUUAAUUACUAAAAAUAUCAAUGAACAUUUUAUGAGUGCUUCAUGGAGCUUUCAGUCAUAUUUACUGUUUGCAGCACUGUGUUGCUGUUGCUUUGUCUCAAUCACAACAUGACGUAAAUGAAUUGUAUCCUGUGCAAAGAGCAAAGAAUAUCACCAGUCGGCAUGAGAACAAAACACCACUUUACUGAGGAAUCGAGUCACAGAGGAGCUGACAUGCUUGAUCACCAUUCUGUGAUCAAGCGAUGUGAUCCGCUCUACACUUUUCACAACUGUUCACAUUGUGUUAGAGGUUAGCAGUGAGCUAUCCAUCCAUCUUCUACCACUAGUCCAUCACAGGGCCACAUAGAGACAGACAACCAUUCACUCUCACAGUCAGUGGUCAAUUUAGAGUGUCCAGUUUGCUUAAUUGAACAAUCUGCAUAUUUUUGGACUGGGAGGAAACUGGAGAACCGGGAGAAAACCCACAAGAACAUGCAAACUCCAUGUGACCGGGUCAUAAACCCAGGUCGUCUUGCUGCAAAGGCAAGAGUGCUAACCUCUUCACUGCAAUGAGCCAUCUUUAUCUUUAACGUCAUUGGCUUAUGUUGGCAGCCAACUGCACAUGCUUUAUUUAUUGUUAAUAAAUGGUAGCAUUGAAUUUGAUUCUCUAAUGAACUAAGUUGGCAAUAUAAGUUAAAACUGUUAAAGCUAGCUUAUGUUAGCAUUCACUGGUAUAAAUUUGAUAUAUUUAAUUUGAUAUACAUAAUUAAUUAUCAAUUAAUUAUGCAUUUGUUCAGAGUCGGAUUAGAUCAGAAUACACUCACACCAGGGGAAGUCACUUGAUUAAGCAGCAAAGAGGUCAGAGGAAGACGAAAUGGAAUAGAAGCUAUGUUAGCUCUUUCUGCCAACAAUACAUCUGUCUACUAUAGACUCGUUUAUACAUUUUCUGAAAACGAACAAAACAAGGUGAAUAUGCCAUGUCUCUGUGAUACAGUAAAAAUAAAAAGUGUAACAUUCUAAAUUAAUGUAAAUUUAAUCUACAAAUCUCACUCAAAGGGCACAUUUUCCUCUUGCACAUUUUCCUCUUGCUUUAAGAAAAGAAGAAGAAAUGUGCGUAAUAAAAAUCCUCCCAAAAUGAGGGUUUUAAAUUUAAUAACUUGAUUCAAGUAAAACUAAAGCAGCUAAAAAAGAGUGAGUAAUGUGGCGUUGGUGGCUUGGAGAUAAACCUGUAGCUUGUCCAAGGAUCAUUUUGGAGAUAUUGAGUUUUUUUGACCUUAGAAGCCUGAACUUCAACUUUCCUGGACUCAAGAACCAAAUGUUCUUUCCCACCUCUUAUUUCUUUCUAAAUGUGAAGGUGUUUGUAUAUAGGCCGAUGCGUCUCCCCCUCUCUGCCACCUUAGCAGCUGUACAGACGCGUGGAAAUUGUGUGCUGAACACUGUUCACACACACGAGAUAACAUGAGGUUCAGGUCUGUGCACUGUUCUGUAUCAGGUAAUACUUUUCUUAAUAAAGACUCCACACAAACUCUCUGAA